GUUAUUUGCAGAUAAUAAGUUGUCGGCAAAUACUGAGACAAAAAAAAAGCGAUUAAUCUCGAUUCAUUUUUUCCAGGUUUGCGAUUAAUUAGUUAAUUUUUUAAAACCUAAUAUUUAUAUAAAAUGUUAAUUAUUAUUAAGAGUUUUGUAGCUUAAUUAAUAAGAAAGCAAAUAAUCCUGAAUAUGAACAUAAAGAUUUGAAUAUACUGCCCAACUCAAAAAUAACAACAAAAAGAAAACGUAUUCAUUUCCAAACAAAACCUAAAGGAAAAAAAAAAAAAAGUUCUAUCGUUUUGGUCAAACGUAUAAUUUGACGCCACUCUCCACGUGAAAUGUUUAUUUCUGCGACGUCGUGCUCUCAUGGAAAUGUGUCCCGGUGAGGCCCCUCCCUGUCCCGGUGACAUCAGCCGGAGCUCGGCUGCUUUCCUCCGGGAGCCCACGGCGGAUCACACGCAGCCAGCACCGGGAGAGCUCGACGGAAACGGGGCGUGCUCGUCCGUGCUAGCUCCAUUCCCUUCAUGGGACAAAACGAGACAGGGACUCCUCCACUGCCAGAUCUCAUGGACAGCUGCUGACAUCUGAGUUUGAUCCCAGAUAAAAGAUCCAUUCCAGCAGCCCGACCUCAGUUUGCAACCCGCAGAGACGGGGCCAGCAUGGCCGCCCAUCGGAUCAGAGCCACCAACAACACUUCUCUCCCACGCUGCAAAUCAGAGGGCACGCUCAUCGACCUCAGUGAAGGAGUGUCCGAGGCCAGUCUGACUGAUGUCAAAGUGCCUUCUCCCAGUGCCUUAAGACUGGAUGCCACUGCUUCCUUCGGAACAGCCAGAGAAGUUGUUGCCAUUAAGGAUUACUGCCCAUCCAGCUUCACUACACUGAAGUUUUCUAAAGGCGACCGGCUUUAUGUUCUUGAUGCAUCAGGAGGAGAGUGGUGGUAUGCCCACAACAACACAGAGAUGGGCUACAUCCCUGCAGCAUACGUCCAACCCAUCAACUACAGAGACUCGUCCUUUAGUGACAGUGGAAUGAUUGAUACUGUGGGAGAGAGUAACGAGGAUGCAGCCAAAGAAAUGGACCUUUUAGGAGAAUGGUCAGGAAUGAUUCUGAAACCAACGACCUUCCAAAAUGGAAAUCCAUUUACAACAAACCAUACCUCUACCAACCCUUUUCUAAAUGGGGGUCCUCAAAACUCACUUGAUCAGAACAGCAAAGAUAAAUCUAUUGACCUCCUUCUCUUUGAUAUGGUUUCUCCAUCAGUGCCAAACUCUACCAGCAGCACUGCCGACAACAAUUUUGGCAGUGCUGUUUUCGGUUUAAACCCCCUCAGUCCCACUUUGGAGGUGGGGCAGACGUUGCGCAGGGAAAACCCUUUCUUUAGAAGCAAACGUUCCUACAGCUUGUCUGAGCUGUCGAUUCUGCAGGCUCAAAACGAUGCUCCUCAGGCCUCAAAUGGUUUCUUCAAAGGCCUUAAAGCUCCAGCACCAGAACAAUUUCAGAGCAGGGAGGAUUUUCGCACCGCUUGGCUUACUCACCGCAAGUUAGCCAGGUCUUGCCAUGAUCUGGAUUCACUGGGCCAGAGCCCUGGCUGGGGACAGACACAGCCAGUGGAGACCAACAUUGUUUGUCGGUUGGAUAGCUCAGGAGGUGCCGUCCAACUUCCAGACACCAACAUUAGCAUCCUCAUACCCGAGGGCCAUGUGGCACCAGGGGACACCCAACAGAUUUCAAUUAAAGCCCUUCUCGACCCACCGUUGGAGUUGAACAAUGACCGCUGCACCACCGUCAGCCCUGUUGUGGAGAUCAAGCUCAGCAACAUGGAGUGCAAAACCACCAUCACCCUCGAAAUGAAAGUGUCAGUAGUUGUAAAAAUGGAGAGCAGAAAGACUACUGAAGUCCUAUGUGUGAGAAGUGAUUGUAAGGAAGGACCUUACAGCCCCAUUUCUCAAGCAUAUGUGUACGGUGACACAGUUCAGGUGUGUCUGGACAACCUGGAGCCAUGCAUGUAUGUGUGUGUGGUGGCCCAGGCUCAGUCUCUCCCUCAAGACUCCACAGUUUGGGAGAAUGUGGUCAAAAAGAUCACAUUAGGAGUAUAUGGUCCCAAACACAUUCAUCCAUCCUUCAAGACAGUUGUGGGUAUGUUUGGUCAUGAUUGUGCCCCAAAGACACUGUUGGUGAGUGAUACCAGUAAGCAGGCACAGUCCACACCCCCAGUUGCACUUCAGCUCUGGGGUAAACACCAGUUUGUUUUGUCCAGACCUCAGGAUCUACAUGUUGGCGUUUACUCCAACAUGGCCAAUUAUGAGGUAAAAGCUAGUGAACAGGCCAGGGUGGUCCGGGGAUUCCAGGUCAAACUCGGAAAAGUGAGCAGGCUGGUCUUUGUCAUUUCCUCACGCAAUGCUGAAGAUGUUUCAGAUUUCACUUUAAGAAUUCAGGUCAAGGAUGAUCAAGAUUGUAUACUGGCUCAGUUUUGCGUCCAAACACCAACCCCUCCACCCAAAGCUGGUCCAAAGACAUCUGUGCAACGACGAUUCCUCAAAAAGAAGGAAGUGGGAAAGAUAGUUUUGUCUCCUCUUGCUGUUGCCACCAAAUACCCUGUCUUCCAGGACCGCAAAAUCAACAACCUAAAGUUUGGGAAACUAAUCAAAACUGUCAUUCGACAAACAAAAAAUCAGUACUUGCUUGAGUACAAAAAGGGAGAUUUUAUUGCUUUGUUGAACGAGGAGAAGAUUAAGCUAAAGGGCCAGCUUUGGACGAAAGAGUGGUACAUUGGAUAUUAUCAGGGUAAAAUUGGUCUUGUUCAUGUUAGAAAUGUGCUUGUGGUUGGGAAAGUGAAACCCAUUUACUACAGCGGGCCUGACCUUACAACAUCCCUCUUACUGGAGCAGAUUCUCAAACCCUGCAAGUUCCUCACCUACAUCUAUGCCUCUGUAAGGACUAUAUUAAUGGAGAACAUAGGCAGCUGGCGUGCAUUUGCUGACGCCCUUGGGUACAUCAACUUGCCCUUGACUCAUUUUUGCCGGGCAGAGCUGGACAGCGAGCCGGAGAGAGUGGCAUGUGUUCUGGAGAGGCUGAAGGAGGACUGCAACAACACGGAGAGUAAAGAAAGGAAGUCCUUCCAGAAGGAACUGCUGACGGCUCUGUUGAAAAUGGACUGUCAGGGCCUGGUAGCCAGACUGGUCAUGGACUUUGUGCUCCUAACCACUGCUGUGGAAAUUGCCGGACGCUGGAGGGAGCUGGCUGAGAAGGUUGUUAAGAUUUCCCGCCAGCAGAUGGAUGCCUAUGAGGCGCCUCACCGCGACCGAAACGGAGUGGUAGACAGCGAGGCCAUGUGGAAGCCCGCCUAUGACUUCCUGGUCACGUGGGCGGCUCAGAUCGGCGACAGCUACAGGGACGUGAUCCAGGAGCUGCACAUGGGUCUGGACAAGAUGAAAAGCCCCAUCACCAAGCGCUGGAAGCACCUGACCGGCACGCUCAUCCUGGUCAACUGUCUGGAUGUGCUGCGAAGCUCCGCCUUCAGUCCAGCUGUUCAGGACGACUACGCCAUCUGAGACCCCUCCCACCACCCCCCCACCAAACAGGGAAGGCUGCAGAUCUGAUGUAGGACGUGGUGGUAUUGUUCUCUUCAAACAGCAGACUGCACUGCGCUGCGUGGAGCUCUCUGACUCCCAGCUGAUCUUGCACACUUCUAUAUUUUUGUACUCCAGUUAUGGCACAGCAUAUUUGUAAAGCAACUCUCUGGAUUCUUUGGUUAACAACUGUGGAUUUCAUGCCAAGAGACACUAUUUUUGAGUAAAAUUAUUUUGUCUUAUAUAUAUAAAUAUUAGAGUUUGUUACCUUACGUGUCAGACCUGCUCUAUUUAUGUUUUUCUUCCUUCUGCUCUCCAUCAUGUUGUCUCAAUUGGCUUUUUUUACAACCAGCAACAGAAAUAACUUAAACCUAUGAUUCUCCAUAUACAUUUAUACUGUAAGUCAACAGAUGAGGAGCACUUUGGUUUAAGUCUAAAAGAAAAUGUUGACAAAAAACAAUUGCCACCUGUGAGUUUUAAUGUGUUUUAACCUCUGACUGAAGGAAAGCUGUCAGUGUUGCUGCAGAGGCGCAACGCUAACAGAAAAAAAAAAUGACUGGAGUUUGACUCAAUGCAACAUUUUUGGUAGAAAGUGACUGACUGGCUAUGCUCACUUAGUGGGACUUCUGCUGCAAGCUGCAAGUUUUAAUUGUAUCAUUUCAACCAGCAGACUAUCAGAUAGGCUUACAAGGACAUGCAGUUCCAAUUGAAGCUGGGACUGCCACAACAACUCAUCUAUUUCAAGUUAUUUGUAAUCUGAAAAGUUUAUGCUAUUAAACCCUAACACAGAAUGAAAAAUCACAUAAUUCUUUAUUUAUGUUAGUCCUGACUUCACUCUAAUUUUCAUCCAGAACACUGACUGAAAAAUACAGUUUAUUUUGAAAAAAAAAGAAUCACUAAGCUUGUAUUAGAGAAACUUCUGUUCUUUUAACUUGAUUAGUUUUUAUCUGAUCAGACAAAAUCUCCAUCUAAGGUCUGAGUCACUGCUUUGCUGUUUGGUCUGAUAAGUGUACAUGUUUAUGUGCCUAGCAAUAGAAGAAAAAUACCUUAAAACGCCAUUUUGUGAGGCUAAGCUUCUGUUUCCUGAUGCUUUCAGGGCCUCUUUUUCCGUCAAACGCUGGAAUUUCAAAAAGCAGAUGUCUCAUAAGGAUCUCAGACAUCGUAAACAUCUUGACAUGUUAUGAACAGCUGUGUGGACGGUCAGAAUCUCGUUAACUGGAGGUGACAAAGCGCUUAAAAAGGAAAAUUUUAUAUUUUUGGCUAUUAAAAAAAUCAUUAGUCCCUUUUGCAGUUUAGAUUUUUUUUUCUCUAAAUUUUUGUUGACAUUCUUAUUUGAUUUUCAGCCAUAACUCCAGCUGGACAUUUAUUUUUGUUUCACAACGUUCAUAUUUCCAGAUGUCAAAACUGAAUAUUGAUUUUAACCCUUUAACUCCUGAGGUGUCGCUUAAACGCAAAAUCUACAACAUACUAUAACUUUUUAACCGUUAACACGAUCAGUAAGUCAAACAGCAUAAACACCGGACCUUUGAUGUGAAAGGGUUGAUGGAGUUCUUAACUUGUAAAAAAAUUCAAACUACAAGGUUUUUUCUGUUUGUUCUAGCAGAAACUAAACAAUUUUUGUACCAAAUUUGUCGAAUUAAUUUAGUAUGUAGUAGAAUUUUAACGGGUCAAACAUACACAAUCUGGAAAAUAAGAGAUACCAAAACAAAAAAAAAUAAAUAAAAGAAACUGCCUGAAAUUCUGUUAAUAAAAGAAAUUAAAGAUACAAUUUUGAUUUUGAAAAGCAGAAAUGGCAGCAUUACACAACUAAAAACUGCAGUGUGAGACUAGAUAGUUAAAAAACAAUUUUAACACCAUGUUACUACUUUUUUAAGUACACCAAAUGUGAUGUCACAGAUUUGCAGAAGUGAAAGCUUAAUAAAUAUGAACAUUUCACCAUUUAUGUGUUCUGAUGAUAAAAAGUUAUAAAAUAUAAAUUAAAAUAUUAUUUUUUCACAUGAAACUUUUUUAACUCAAUGCAUUUUGAUCUGUAUUGGCCAAUUUAGUGAGCAUGAGUGCACGCUGGUUUUUGGAGAGACUUAUGGGAGCUUCUAGAACACUUUGGAAUUGUAGAUUCAGACAGCCCUACAAAAUAGCCAAAGUACUAUAAAGUGCACAAUAUAGUGAGAAGUGAAGGAAUUAGGACGCAGCCUUAGUUUAGAUGGUUGGAAUAUCUGCUCUGGUUUUGAGGGGAUUUGUAAUAAACAUGAUUUCAUUCUCAGACCUUCUCACUGUUUAAGCCGUAGUCACAUGUGCCCAUACGAGGGGGGGUGGGGGUUUGACCCGUAUGGGUCAUAAAGAAGAAAGGAGAACCUUAAGAGGAGGGUUGUGUGUCCUGCACCUUAAGGGACACCAUGAAAAUGGAAUGUACCAUUGUCGUGUGUGCGAUGCAUGUAUUGUAAAGCAUUUGUAAGGCAGUGGUGUCAAACAUCCGCCUCGCCAUAUGGUUUGAUCCGGCCCAGUCAUUAAAAAGAAAUAUACAAGGAUGGGGGGGGGGAAGCAAGUUUCUAUUCCAUUCCUGUGGCAAGUUAUGGUUAUUUAAAGAAAUGCUUGCAAUUCGCAAUUCUGGCACUAGGGGGAGCUAAAGAAAAGAAAUACCGGCAUAACAAGAAAUCAAGAAAUAAACAGCAUUUCUUUGCAAGCACAUGAUGGCACGUCUGGGGUUGUGUCCGAAUCCCCCCAAUCACUAUAUAGUGCGUUCAACAUUUUCUAGUGCUGUCUGAAUCUACUAAUUCCAAAUCGAGUAAACUCGAAAUUUCCCAGAAGUCUUUGCGAAAAACUAGCGUACAUCGAUUCUCUCUAGAUUAGCGGAUAUUGACCACAAUACAUUGUGGUCGAACAAUUUUGAUACGUGUUUACAUGCAAUAUUUGAAGAAACCAUCCACGUUUCACCAUCAGAACACAGUGGAGUCAUAAAUAAACGUUGUGAAAUCUUCAUUUUUUUUAAAUUUUUUUCUUUGUGAAAACAUUGUAUCCGUUUUUUAGAAAAACGAAAAAAAAGUAGUGAGCAUCGUGUUCGAAUUACCUUUAAAAUCCAGGGCACUAUAUAGUCCCGCACUAUCUAGUUUUUUAGUAGUUAGGGGUUGGGGGGGGAUUCGGACACAACCUCGAUAAGAUGCACUUUGGUUCCCUGCCAGCCUCACUGCUGUGAAGUUGCUCUAAAAAUGGUCAGGUGUGACACCACAAUUACCAAAAUAUCGUUGGGAAAAAGAUAAUAAUAAUAACUGGUGACCUGUCCAGGGUAAACCCUGCCUUCACCCAUCAGUAGUUGGGUGAGGCUCCGGCACCACUACGACAAAGCGGCCAAGAAAAUGAAUGAAUGAAUGAAUGCAUAAUAAUAAUAGGUGAUUCGGCUACUUGGUUGUUUGAGGCAUUUUCUUCCAACUGAGAAAAACAAGACAAGACAAAGCUGCAGAUAACAGGUUGACCAUAGGUUAUUUUGGGAUUAUAUUUCUGGUCCGGCCCACUUCGAGGAUCAGACAGGUUGAUUGUGGCCCCUGAACCAAAAUGAGUUUGGCACCCCUGUUGUAAAGCUAGCUAUCCACACUCAUAAUAUAAGGGUGAUGCUGUCAUACGAUGUCCUAAUGCCACACUUUAACCGUUAAUAAGGUGUGAGAACUUCCUCCUUACUGACCAUGUGGAAAGGUUAUACGUACAAGGAUGAGCAGGUGAUACCUGACUGUAGGACUGACAUCUACACAAACAACACUAUUUCCUUCAUUUCUAAGAGUCAGGCUGCACAUAAGGAGUGCACACUUGUCACAUGAACAGGACUAAUGGGCCCCUUGAGCAGUGUGCAUGGUUUAAGGAGCAUGAAAAAUCCAUACAAUGUUCCUGCGUCUCAUCUACUUCAUCAUUAAUUACCCUUACAUGUUAAGUGUUCACUACAACCUUUAGCCUGCAGCACACCUGUAGAAAAACUCUGCAUGGACAUUUUUGCUCUACAGGCUCACCAAGUGGUCUAAGAUCUUAAAGUUUCCUGCAGACCUCUGGUGUGCCCCGUACAGGUUUGCUCAUUUUUCUCCUGCAGACAUCCUGUUUCCACCCAUAAGGGCAGUUGUGACUACGACAUUUAACAGCUGACUUUCAUGAAACUGUGCUCUAAUUCUUGCAUCUUCUCAUGCCUGAUCACAUCCACCAAUCAAUGCCUGAUGAGCAGAUGUACAAAGUAAAGGUCACUGUUGUAAUGUCUCUGUCUGAUGAAGCUUUUGGCAUCACACUCUCUGUGGUUCAAUGUGACUGAAUCAAAGUCUGACUUCUUUUUUAUGACUGCAAACUUUUGAGUAAGAACUCGAAAUAAACUGUCGAUAUUUGUA